AGCGGCGGACGCCCAUGUUGUGAACUUGGUGCCACCACACUCUCAACAGGCCGCAGCUCCUCGUCGACAUCGAAACCCGACCAUCGAAUCACCAUCACCAUGGAUCCAUUCCACGACAAGGCAGGCAACGAGCGGAGGGCUUCCCUCAGGAUGUCAGCGAGGGCUUCUUUGACCGCCGACGAUGAUGACUACGACCUAGCCGCAAUGGGCAUCUCGGACGGCUUUCGCCCAGCCAACGUCUCUGCUUCCCAUCAACCCAUCAACUCGAUAACCAACCCUUCGACUGGCUCGGCGGUUGUGUCACGAGAAUCUCCCGUGCCUCAGCGCGUCACACCACCCCGACCUUCCAGCAUUUCAAAACCUCCUCGUUCCCACGAUCCGCUAGCCCUCCGUCACGAUGGCUCGACGUCUCAAUCCCAAUCCAACGGCGCCCCAAUGUCUCGUGUCUCCAGUGCCUCGAGCGAUUCGCCAAUAAUCAGGUCCGAGAGCCCCUACGAGGGACCAUCUGGACCGUCCUUCCCGUACCAAAUGUACCCGCAACGUACCAACAGUGUCGCGACGUCAAACACCGCUCGCAUGUCUGAAAGAUCAUACGCCGGGCCUCGCGGACCGACACACCCAUAUACACUCUACACGCAAAACACCGUAACCCCCGACACGAACGAUGGUGACAGCAUCCCCGUGGGAUUUGCUGGUCGCCCCGAUGGAUAUCACCGCCGCAUUGGGCCGGAUGGAGAGGAAGCUGCUGACCUGAUCGGACCAUUGGGCCAUACCGAAGAGCUUCCGCCCUACACUCGGUAUCCCGAGCAGGCCUAUACAAGGAAACAGCCUGGUGAACAACCACAAUCAUCGACGCCUCCGGUCCAAUCUCAACAAGAGCAACAACGGCAGCCAGAGCAGCAACAACCUCCGGCACAACAAACUGCCGUCACUGUCAUGACUGCAACGGUACCCGCCAUUCCUGCUGGCGCUGGCGGCAUCGGACUUGCGACACGCAACCCCGAGUUUGAGUCACGAGAGGAUUUACGUCUUUCAUCGCCAUCCCGGACAUCUUCUCGGACGCUGAAUGAUGAGACUGCUAGCCAACACGAGAUCAACACUGCUGCCGAGUCCUACGCCGAGAAGGGCGAAAACGCGUCCGACCGCAAAUGGCAGAAGAGGGCAAAGAAGAGGUUGUUUGGUGUCGUUCCUUACUGGGCUAUCUGCUUGUUGGCAGUUGGACUGGUGAUGAUGGGUAUUAUUCUCGGUGCUGUCAUCGGAACAUUCUUCGCCAAGCAUAAAAAGCCGCCCGGCAAGCAUCAGGACGAUGAGCCUAUACCAGUGGUCAUCCCAACAGCCACGGUUGAUGUGAAGCCCCUUGCUACUCUUCCACCGGAUCUUCCACCAAUGGAGAUUGGUACCUUCGGUCUGCCGCCUCUCAUUGCAAGCCAGGCACCAAGUACUUGUUUCAACGACACAACGCAAGCCCAAGCCUGGACCUGCAACAUUCCUUUUACCAGCUACGUCAUGGGCGUCUCUAGAAUCGCCAAUGAACUACCUAUAUCUGAUUACACCUUAAAACUUACUACUUUCAAUGACAGCGAUCACGACGAUAACUCUAGGAUCAACAUGUUCUCGUGGGGUACUCAACCACCACUGAUCAUGGAUCCUCUAAAGAUGCGUCUUGUCAAUGACACCUCAGAACAAGGCCGCGGCGCCGCAUGGUUCGCCCAGAUGACAUACAACAAGACCGUGGUCGUACCUGAGGAUAGGUUCCCUGGCGUCGUCUCAACCCCCAAGAAGCAACAGCCACAGUCCAAACGAGGCGGAUCAUGGGAUGGACCACCGCCUGGUAUGUCUGAAUUCAGUAGGAAAGGGGUCAAAGGAGCACAGGCCGGCGAUCGGCCUUGGAUCUGUACUUGGCCCGGAACCCUUCUCGAAGUCUUCGUCUACCCUGCCCAGAACAACAGCUAUCAAAGAAAGCCUUCUACUACGACGUCCAGGCCUCCGGCGGCAGCAACAUUCCCUCCUUCAACAUCGACGCAGUUCUUGGUCCGCGGAUUGCAAACCCAGUCUCCCCAAUCAAGUCCAAUCCCGACUGAUAGGCCACGCCGUGCCCCACCACCACCUUACCCUCAGGUCAUCAAAUUUGAAGAGCGACGUGUUUCGCUCGACCAAACGAAGAAUGCCUACUGCCGACAAGUCGAAGUCUGCGAUGACGGCCAGAACACCGUGCCCGUACUAGACGAUCAGGGCCAGCCAAUUGAGGUCAUGAUCAUGGAAAACCGGCAAACGGUAGCAAUUGCAGACUCGAGCAAACGUUGGAUACACGAAGACAGCCUCUUGGUAUCACCUCGAGACCGGCCAUCAAGGACAAGUCAACUUAGCGACUGUGGAUGUAUAUGGUGGUUCACAUAA